ACAGUGGUGCGAGGUGAUGGAGCGAGACGGACGUGCCGGUGGCAGGCGUGUUUACUUUUGCCGCUUUUCGCCCACCACCAUGAUUAGGGAGACGUGAAGCGUUCAAUUUGCAGGAGUUAAGGCUUGAAUACUACCGUGUGUGUGCGUGCGUGUGUGUGUGUGUGUGUGUGUGUGUGUGUGUGUGUCUGUGUGUGUAUACGCUUUGUUUUUGGGAGGAACAAGUGAAGAGAAGAAUUUCCAUCAUCUAGAGGGCAGAAAUAACACCUCGCAUGCCAGGGAACGAGGGACUGCGAGUCAGUGGUGGGAGGACAGGCAUAGCACAGGAGGCGCCCUGCCGCGUGGGUUUAGUGGUCGCCGCCCUCGCUCGCUCCCAGCCGCCGGGACUCCAAACUGGCAAUGUAAUCGUGAAAAUACAAAGAAAACGAAUUGCUGAUAGAGAUAAGAUUGUGGUGACUUAUGGAAACCGACGCCAGGGUCUUCUGUGGCAGGGCGGAUAUUAUAUAUGCAAAGGGCAGCGUUACGUAUAAAGGUAGGCAGGUAGGCAGGUCGUGCCCAUCCUGGCUGGCGGUGGUGGGCGGGAGGUGCGCCUUAAAUGGAGAGGCUUGCAUGGGACCGCUUCUGUAUUACGUUUUGAUGAAAAGAGCAAAGGGACCCAAUACAUUCAGAGUCAAAGGCUUACAAGAGACGACCCCGCCUCCCUUGUCCUCGUCGCCACACGUCGCUAGACUCGCCGCCCCUCCGUCAGCCUGGGUAGGGUGGCUGCCACGCCCGCGCUGCUGUCACUCUGCCGACAAGCACACUCUCAUCACGCUUAGUGUCAGCCGGAAUUCAUUACCUACAUUUGAUUAAAAAAUGAUUAAAUGAAGACGUGGUGCAAACCGGCCAGGCUGGUGCAACAAAGGUGGACUGUGUGGGAGGAGUCUGGAGCGGCCAUAAAGUUGAUGAACGAGAGGAGUACACAAGGAGGCGGGGCCCCGGCGAGUGCAGCCACUCAAGGCAGGUUUCUAGUCUCGCUCGGGAGGAGUUGGUGCGUGAUUGGCUGUUGUUAUCGGUGGAGGCGGAGUCUCUUGCUGUCUAGUGUGUGUACCUGUUGUAAAGGAAGUAUUAAGCCUUGUCAGGAAUUACAUGUCAGUCUGGUGGACUUUGCCGUGAGUGUUACACGCGCGUGUAUGUAACAACGUUACGGCUGCAUAAACUAGCCUGCCAGCGCCUGCAGCAUUGCGUGGGUGCAGCUGAGUGACAGGGGAGUGUGCGUGUGCGUUCCCUCCCCCUGGCCUGCGUGGCCCGCCCGCCCCACCACCCGCAGCGGCCGCGUGCUGGUUGGACCCUAGGGAGGCCCUAGCCCCUGGGCACGUCGUCCCGGGCCGCCCGCCUUGCCACGCCCCCGUGUACCCCGCCACCCGCGCCCACAUGGCCGCCGCUGCUGCCCCGCCCGCGCCUGCCGCUGCCUGACCCACAUGCUAGUAAACCCUUCGCCACAAUUUUGCUGUGCUUGUCGCUGUUGCUGUGCCAUGCGGGAGCCCGCCUUCGGGCUGUGGUAGUGUGGGACAGUGGUAGUGUGGUGACUGUGGUGACUGUGGAGAAGUGCAUCCUCUCAGCCAUUGCCAAGGUGGGAGAGCCACCGAGAACAACCGGCGGACCUGAUGGCGGGGUAAGCGCUAGCGCGCCCUUCCUUCGGCCGCCGCCAUCCACCUCCUCCUGUGCUCGCCUCCAGACCAUGACGAUGACUACGCCACCCUAUGCACAGCCCCUCGGGUACCAGCAGGCCCCGCAGUACAAUACUCCCGGGUAUGGCUUCCCGCCCAUGUACCAGGGGUCCUAUGGCUACCACAUGGGGCCAUACGCACCCGUGCAGUGUCCCUCGCCGCCCAGAGACGAUGCGUGGUACAAACACUACAAGCACGAGCUGGAUGGGGUGCGGGUCAACGGCAAGGGCAAGAAGAUGAGGAAGCCACGCACCAUCUAUUCUUCCCUCCAGCUGCAGCACCUCAACAAGAUCUUUCAGAGGACCCAGUACCUCUCCCUGCCAGAACGCGCGGAACUGGCCGCCUCCUUAGGGCUAACCCAGACUCAGAUCAAAAUAUGGUUCCAGAACCGUCGUAGUAAAUACAAGAAGUUAAUGAAGGCUGCUCAGACUGGAAGUGGGCCCAGCACGCCCAUGGGGGCUCCCAUCACCCCAGGAUCACCCCUAGCAGGAUCCCCGCUGGAGGGAUCUUCGCCCCUCGGGCAGCCCCUCCCCUCAUCAACCCCGCAGAGCAUCUCACCGACGCCGCCCGCGGCCCAGAGUCCCCCCUCCUCCCACCCAUACACCAGCAUGGCCGCCGGCAGCACUCCUCACGGGGCCUCCUCCCAGGGACCCUCGCCCUCGGGGUCAUCUCAGCAGCAGCAGCAGCAGGGUCCCUCGUCACAGACUCCGUCACAACAGUCAUCACAGCAGCAGCAGUCCAGCCACAGCUCCUCCUCCCAGGCGGCGACGCCCGUAGGAGAACAUCUGCCCCCAUCGCUCCCUUCUUCCCUUCCUCCCUCGGCCUCAUCCCCCGGACUGGCUGGCCACCCCUGGGGAGACAUGAAACCCCCCGUCACCAUGCCCUACAUGUACUCGUGGUACAACGCCGAUAACCAGCACAACCUCCUGACUUAGGUGGCCCCGAUCCACCACACCCAACCCACCCCACCCCACCCGCCUCUGCCAGGCCAACCUCGCUCUCCCGGACCUGAAGCUCCGCCACACGGCGCUGUCAUCUCUCAUGGUGACACGAAGGGAGGUUCCUCAUCAGCUAGCCGCUCCCUCGCACGGCUGCUGAGCGGCGCCACGUGUGGCUCACCAUCGGUUGGGGCUCACUGUCACCUUAACCAAAGAUUCAUUAGUAUCGUACCUAAGUUACCUUGACCUUCUGGAUGACAGUGCCCAGGACAAUCGCCGUGCCUGCGAUGAGGAUCCUCAUCAAUAGGGGAAGGGCAGAGGCUCCGUCGAUACAUGUGAAAACAGUGACCAGAGCAGUGCCGCCCUGGCGUAUGAGUGAAGCUGAGAAUGUUAAGUGACGCAACGCUCGGUGAGGAGUGAGUAGGGCGCACGAUGUCGGAAGUGAAGGGUAACAUCAGAAACUCUUUCCGCUCCUCCGUCACUUGUUAUACAGUGAGUGGAGGCGAUCCUGGCCAGGGCGAGAACCAACUAGACAAAAUAAGAGUGUAUCCAGCUUUAAUAUUUAUGGAGGAAGAUCUCACACACACACACACACACACACACACACACACACACACACACACACACACACACACACACACACACACACACACACACACACACACACACACACUUCAGU